UUGUAAUAUUUCGUUUAAUGUUUUAAUAUUUUUUAUAUAUCUGCAACAAGAAUUUGUAAUUUGAAUACUCCCGCAAAAAUUGUUUAAAAUUGGAACUAGGUUAUGAUUGGCUGAAACAUAUUGGCGGUUAAAGUGAAUUUAAACUUAACACUCCAUCAAACCACUGAGGUUAGUUUCUCAUGAUAAAACGUGGGCGAAGAGUAGGUUUUAGGUAGGCAAAAAUUAAAUGUUGUUACAACUUCUGCAAAUGAAAGAUUGUAAAAGUGUUUUAAAAAAUGUUUUUGGUUAUGAGAACUUUAAAAGCAAAAUUCAAGAAAAAGCUGUUGUUGCUAUUUACACAGGUGUAAGAUAUGUACUUAUAUCUAUGCCUCCUGGAUUUGGUAGGUCCCUUUGUUAUCAAUUACCUGUUUUCUUACGAAAGGGAGUUGGGAUUGUUUUUUCUCCAAAAUUAUCUCUUAUUAAGAAAGAAGUAGAUUUUUUAAAAAGCAAAUGCAUUAAUGUUGGCUUGUUGUCCAAAAAUACAAAAAUAUCUGAAAGAGAUAAUGUCAUAAAUGAUUUAACAUCAAAGUAUCCAAAAAUAAUAUUGUUAUAUGUAACUCUUGAAAUGAGUACUAUGACAUAUUUUAAGGAACUUUUGAUUUCAUUAAAAAAACGUAACUUAUUGUCUCACAUUGUAUUUAACGAAACUCAUUGUUUAAGUGAAUGGGGAUAUGAUUAUAAACCUGGUUAUAAAAAUAUAAAUACAUUUAACAAAGUAUUGGAACAUGUUCCUAAAAUUGCAGUAACUACAACUGUUACUAAUAAGGUAAUGAUAGACAUCUGCAAAUUUUUGACAUCAGAACAUGUACAAAUUUUUAAAAUACCCGUACAAAAGAUCAAUGUAUACCUUGAUGUGUGGUUUGUUGAUAUACUUUAUGACCCUAUUGAUCAUCUUAAAAAAUUUAUCACAACUGUACUUAGCCUGUUUGAUUUAUCCAAUAAGACACAUAAAGGUUUUGGCAUUAUUUACUGUAGAGAAGUGUCUACUGUGGAAUUAUUGCAGAAUAAAUUAAAGGACCUAGGUGUAUCUACACUUGUUUAUCACCAUAAAUUAAAGAAUAGUACGCAACGUCGCAUUGAAAAUGAAUGGAUAUCUGAGAAAAUUCGUGUUAUCAUUACCACGUAUAAUUAUGGAUUUAUUUAUAAGAAAAAGAUUAGAUGCAUCGUUCAUUGGACAGUACCUGAGAAUAUUGCCAAGUAUUAUAGAGAAUGUGCACAGACACAUUUGGAAAAUGAUCAUGCAUAUUGCAGAAUAUAUUUUAGUACGGAAGAACAUUCUUCCGUGAAACUCGGUAUCAAAAAUCACAAACUAAUUAACGAUUUAGAACAUACUCAGAUACGAUUAAAUGAAUAUAACAAAUUUGUAUCUUAUUGCCUUUCAAUAAUGUGCCGGCAUACAAUCAUUAGUCGAUAUUUCGGGCACAUAAUGCCACCUUGUAAAACGAAUUGCGAUGUCUGUAAAGACGAAGAAACAGCAAUGAUUAGGACGCAUAAAUUUAUUGCAUAUUCAGAAGGGUGUAAAGGAGUAAAAUAUAACAUCUACGAUGUUAAUGAGGAUUUAAAGAAGCAUCAACAGAAACAGCUUGAAGAACAAUUAGAUGUAAUUCCAAAAGUUAAAGAAGCGGAAGUUGAGAAAGCAGCAGAAAAUAGUUUAAAAAUAGAACACACAUUAACGAAAGUAACAAAACAAUCGAACGUGACUCCAAAAAUUGCAGAAGAAUCAAAAGAUAGCUUAGAAACGAGACAUAAAUUAUCAGAAUCCUUUGACAAAAAAAUUACCUUGAAUAAGAACUUCAAUGUACAGUUCAUUAAGUUAAACAAGGGAAAACAGUUGCCAGCAGAAAAUAUUUCUCUUAGAAAGACUGAUCACUCAGUAGAUAGAGACAUUAAAAACAAUACAGAGAAUACGGUGAAACCUGCAAAAGAUAAUUUACUUGCAAUACAGUCAAGUAUACCUGUGAUAACGCAGUCUUUGCUGAAUAAAUACAAGUUAGACACUAAAGCGAUAUCUUUAGAGCCUUGCACUUCACGUAGUAAUAUUUACAACUCUACUAAAAAAAUAAUUACUAUUGGAUCUUGCAGUAAUAAAAACGAGCGAAGUUCCUCGAAUAUUUUAAAAGUCGAUGACGAAAUAAAGAUGGGGAUCGGAAAAGAGGAUCGUGCUUCUAGACAAAAUUCUCGCGGGCCAGUCAUCAUUGAAGACAAACAGUUAGAUAAAAGCUUGAAGAAACGUUUCAUCACUGUGAACACGUGUCCUGAAAAGAAAAGAAGGAAACUGGAACUCGAAAAUAAACCAACUAUUGGGACAGAAAUAAAUAGAGAUGGAGGAAAUGCCUCUGGUUUCUGUGUUGGACAGAUCAGAGAUAAUACAGAUGAAAAUUCGACUCGUGAUAAUAAGGGGAUAGAAUAUAUAAUAAAUAAGUAUAAACUAAACAAACAUUCAAUAACACUGAUACCAAUGAAGAAGUAAAGUUACCACGAACUAAUAGUUU